AUGGAUUCUACAGGUAAUUUAUCAUUGUGGGUGGGCAAACGUCAGGCAAGUAUCGACAUUUACACUGAUUGGUGUGAUAAUUCAUUGGAUUCAUUUUUUGAUCUUGAUAUGAAUAGUGUAUGGAAUCGUAGUAUGAUCCCAUUCAUAACAUGGGAAAUAACUCUUUGUAAUCAUACUAAUGAAGACGAUCCAGGAAUAACGAUAAGAAUUAAUAACAAUAGUUAUGAUCCAUACAUUAAUAAAUUUGGUGAUCGUAUGAAAAAUUGGUUGGCUGGCCCUGAUGGUAUUUAUGGAACUAACGAUGAUCGACGGGCAUUUGUACGACUAGGUCAUGAAAUGAAUGGAAAUUGGUAUUCGUGGUCAAAAGGUUCUAUUCCAAACAAUUUUGUUUUGGCAUGGCGUCAUACUUAUAAUAUAUUAUUAAAUAAAGGUAUAAAUGCAACAAGACUUCAAUGGGUUUGGAGUGUAGCGAGUAAAGACUAUGGUCAAUAUACUGCAGAAGAUUAUUGGGUUGGAGCAAAUUAUACAGAUUGGUUAGGAAUUAAUGUAUUUAAUGCAGGUUCAAGUGCUAAUGGGAGUAAAUGGGAAUGGCCAAAUGAAAUUCUUGAUAAUAUGAUGGGUCGAUUCAACAAGUUAUCAUCAACAAAACCGAUCUCUGUGAAUGCAUAUGCAACAGUUGGUGUACGAACAGGAAAUACUACAGAUGUGCAGUCAAAAAAUGAAUGGUUGCGUCAAAUGUGUGAUUAUAUAAAUAACAAUAAUAUUAAAAUGGCAUCUUAUUAUAAUGCUGAUCAACCCACUCAGGAUAAUAUGGUAUUUGGUGGUACACAUGGUGAUGUUAUUUGGAAUAAUUAUAAGGCAUAUUCAGCCUAUAGAAACUGUUUACAGACUAAUGAUUGGAUAGAACCAAAUAUGAAUAAUCCAAGACUAAUUACUGAUAAACAAUUUACGGGUAUAUUAUCAAGUUCAACUGGAAUAUAUAUUUUAAAAAAACAAGAUACUCUAAAAAUAUUCAUGAUUUUAUCAUUGUUUUUUUGUCUUUAUGAGAAUGUGAUUAUGUAA